AUGCCUUCUUCUUCAGACCCCCUCGCCGGCCUCAACGUCUCCAUCAGCCAGGGCAGCACCACGCCGCCCACCAUCGUCGCCACCGUCAAGAACAACAACCCGCACCUCGUCACCAUCGCCGCCUACCAGUCGCCCUUUGACGGCCUCAUCCUCGAGACGGGCAACCUGUCCAUCGUCCCCGGCGGCGCGGCCUCCGACGGCAACGACAGCGACAACAGCAGCAGCACUUCCGCCUCCAAGCCGCUCUCCUACCCGACCAUCGCCCUCAAGCGCGCCUGGCCGCCCCCCAGCGACAGCCUCGUGACGCUCGGCCCGGGCGAGAGCCGCACCGCCGAGAUUGUCAUCCGCCACCCGGUGCCGGUGCGUCAGCUGGGCAGCUCGGCGACGGUCAAGCUGAGCGGCCACUGGAUGUCCGUGUGGAAGAGGGCCAAGGAGGAGAUUGGCGAUGCCGACUGGGACGAUGUGUCUAACCCGGAUGAGUUUUCGGGCGUGUACGAGUCCAACAGCCUGGAGAUUCUGAUUGCGUGA